GGAAGGAUGGAAGUGUUUGGAAUCCUGGUUGGCUACUCUCCUUACAUCUCUGGAGCAAUCUCACCUUAGAGGUCUCUGUGGACAUGGGGUGCAUAAGGUUAAGGUUCCUUUUUCUUGCGCUUUUGAUCUGCUCGGUUACUCUUGCUGACUCUAUUGCAAGCGCUCGCAGUGUGGUUGAAGUUCUGACGGAGAAGAAUGGUGGUGCAAUGGGUGUCGAUGAGGAAGUACUUCCUGGCAGCACGACAAGCAGGAGCAGAUGGCUGUGGGGAAGGAAGAUGAGCGCAGAAAGGUUGGAGAAGAAGGACACAGUGGAAACAGGACCGGCAAAGAUCUCCGAAGAGAAGAUGCUUGGUUCAACAACAAAGAUGCAUGAUAAGGAUUCCAGAAGAAUUAGCAUACCUAAGCCAAGGCCAAAAGCCACUGUCAAAAAGCAUACAAAAGGGAGUUCAGGUGAGGCACUGAAGCCAAAGGCAACAGCACAAGCAGCCUCCCAUGGAUCAUCCCAUGAUCCAUUCCAGAGAAUUCAACCUAAGAAACAACUGGAUGCAGUCACUGAAAUGUUCAACAUGCUGCACAAGGACUACCAAACCAAGGCUCGCCGCAGGCCUCCCAUCAACAAUGACACUCCUUUGAAGCAUCUUGAUGCUAAGCCCUAGGCAGAAGAUGGCCUCUCUCUCUCUCU